AUGGUUCGUCAAUCUGUCCUCUCCGACUGUUUGAACAACAUUGUUAACGCUGAGCGUCGUGGACGUCGUCAAGUGCUUAUCCGUCCUUCUUCCAAGGUCAUUGUCAAGUUCUUGACUGUCAUGCAAAAGCAUGGUUACAUUGACGAAUUCGAGGAGAUUGAUGACCAUCGUUCUGGCAAGAUUGUUAUCCAAUUGAACGGUCGUAUCAACAAGUGUGGUGUUAUCUCUCCCCGCUUCAACAUCAAGAUCAAGGAUAUUGAGAAGUGGGUCAACAACCUCUUGCCCUCUCGUCAAGUCGGUAUCAUUGUCUUGACCACCUCCCGUGGUAUCAUGUCUCACAACGAAGCUCGUGCCAAGGACACUGGUGGUAAGAUCCUCGGUUUCUUCUACUAG